AUGUAUAGAUUGAAGAUGUCCUCGGAACGACUUAUUUUUAUCACACUAUGUAUCGUACUGAUCAAUUCAAAUGUGGUUAUGAUGGAAAACUAUACAGCACCCCAGACAUUGUGUCCGUUGGGAUACUGGCCUGCAGCGGUUGAUAUUAAUGGGGGUCAGUAUGAAACUGAUCGAACAUUCGAAUUGCCUUAUAUGCCGGAUGUUGAAGACCCGAUUUGUCAGUUCUGUCCAAAUGUGGGCUGUUUUAUUGUUCGACGAACUGUGCUAAAAUCUACGGACGAAAUUGAUGGAUCCGGGGAUAUAACACCCUCGAGUGGCACAGAGUACAGCAAUACGGCAACUACAACCGCUUCAGAUGGUCUAGAUACCGAAUCGAUGGACGCCGCAUCGGAAUCGGGCAGUGCACAAAUGGGGAAUGAAACAGAUUCCGAACCGGAUUAUAAAUUGUUCAUGUCCUGUGAUCAUUGGAACAGCUUACCGGCUCCAACGGAGAUUGUGAGCUACCUAGACUGUGUGAUGAUUGGGAAGAGAGAUGAGUUCUACCUGUUUAUUUAUGAACCCCGAUUUCGACCGGAUCCACUGCCUACCGUGGAUUGUGUGGACGCCAAUUUUUUACAAUGGAUUCCAAAUGGCACUCAGUUACUUGGAUUGGAGCUUGGAUUUCGAAUGAAGGCCAUUCCUCCAUUCUUAUUCCGUUAUCAUCAGCGUAUCAUGUUGGCCAUAUGCGAAUGGAUACUGGUAGUCGGGGCUUGUGAUAAAAGAUCGUCAGCGGCUGCGGAUAGCCUGCUCGAUUUACUGGAAUCCAGAUGA